CCUGCUGGAACCCAGAACUGAUCAGGUCAUGUCGUCCCACACAUCAGAGGAAGAGUCUCUAAACAACUUCCAGCAGCAACCCAAGCUGGAAGCCGGCGCUGCCGGACCGAGUAGAGGAGACGUGGGCGUGGCCAUGCCUGCAGUGAAAAAGAGACGAGGACAUCCAGGAAAUCCUGAUCCAGAUGUGGAAGUAGUAGCUUUAUCGCCAAAAACACUCGUGGCGACAAACAGAUACAUAUGCGAAGUCUGCCAUAAGGGAUUCCAGAGAGACCAGAACCUCCAACUCCACAGGAGGGGCCAUAACCUACCAUGGAAGCUCAAGCAGAGGAGCAGCACUGAUGCUAAGAAGAAGGUGUACGUCUGCCCUGAAGUCACCUGCCCGCACCAUGAUGCAAGCCGAGCUUUGGGCGAUCUCACAGGCAUAAAAAAGCACUUCUCCAGGAAGCAUGGGGAGAAGAAGUGGAAGUGUGACAGAUGUUCUAAGAAGUAUGCUGUCCAAUCAGAUUGGAAAGCACACACAAAGAUAUGUGGCACCAAGGAGUACCGGUGUGACUGUGGAACUAUCUUCUCAAGAAAGGAUAGCUUCAUCACACAUCGAGCCUUCUGCGAUGCACUGGCUGAAGACAACUCAAGGGUUAACCACAGCCUUGCUACAAUGGUGGGAAGUCUCCAUGGUCAGCAGGAUAUGUUUUCACAUGGAGUGCCUAACCUAAGCUCGUCACCGACUGAUAUGGUUGCAAACAUGUCUAGCAACGACCAUAACUCAGACAUGCAUCUGAGGUCUUUAUCCCCUUAUGCCCUCAUUACAAGGAACACUGCCUUGUUCUCCAACCAGAUGUCAUCGAAGGACACAGGCUUUCCUCUUGAUGGAAGUGCAUCAAGCUAUUCUUACAUGUCCAUGAACUCUCCAUACAUGUCUGCAACGGCCCUGCUACAAAAAGCUGCAGAGAUGGGUGCAAAGACCAGCCAGGAUCCUAUUUCACCGUUACUUCUGAAAGGUUUCCCAAAUAAUUUUUCUAGUGCUAGAGAUCAUAUGGACAUAUCUUCUGGAAGCCAAGGAGAUUCCCUAGGGAAUUCAGCAGCUAAUAGUGUUUGCAUGAAGACUGCUGAAGAUGACAGCUCUUACAUGAAUGGUCGCAGCAAUAUUCUGAUCAACUCAGCAUGGACCACUGGUAUGAUGACACCUACUACUGUGCCUUUAAUUGGACUAAUGAACCAGCCAUUUUCCAUGAGACAAGAAAAGGAGAGCCCCCACAUAUUUCCUGAAAUUCAGACGCAGCACGACAGACAAGAAAAUAUUUCAGCGGUAGGAGAUGCGGGCCUAACACAAGACUUUCUCGGUUUAGGAGGCAGCGGGAAUUUGGAUAUGAGUUCUGAGACGUACAAUACGGAUGUGACAGCAUUAAGCUAUUCUGACGAGCAGCAGAAAACUCAGGAACAUAUCUAUUCUUACCAUCAGUCAUCUCUUGACUCCAAUGCACUGGAGAAACCCCUUUGGGACGCCUGAUGCUGUGAUGCAACAAACAGUUUACUUACUCUGGUAGUUCAGCUACAGCUAAUCUGCCCAGGAGUAGAAUUAGUCAUUAUGAAGGUGUAGUAUGUAUCAGACAGUACAAGCCGGGUUAUGUUAACUGCAAUCUGGUUAAGAUUCCAUUUCGAUAGAAAAGCUCAGAAAGUAGCUGAGCAGUCUUAUCUGCAUAACCAAGCCAUCCAGGACGGAUUCAAGGCACUACUGUAUUUUCACUCAGGAGAAGUAUUAAUAAAUAUUUGGGCAAUUGUUGGCUAGCAAAGGAAGACCGGUGGUUGUGGAUUGUAGACCGAUCUACAGUAUUAGCGAAAAUGUAAUUCCAAUGGAAGGAAAUAAGAACCAGAAACAAUAGUUUUCCUCCUCUCUUUCUUCAAGUAAACAACUGAGCAUUCCUUAUCUAGAGGCUUAGGUGUAUCAAUGUGCUCAGUUUUCCUUGCUCCUACAUUUUUCUUAUUAUCGUUACUCUGAAGGUCAUAUUGGCACAUCUUUUUGGCCCAGCAUUGAGUUUCAAUUGUUAUUUUC